ACUGACGCACGCACGAGAAGAGUUUUCAGCAGAACAUUCGUUUUACUGUCACCCUCUACACAGUAUUGACAUUGAAGUUAGUGAUGGAACUCAAUCCAUUUUCUUGUAUCUAUUUAUUCCGGACAUUUAUUUAAAUGGCAGACGAGGGCAAGCCUUCAGCAAUAUGUGUCAGGGCUUUUACAUAAAUGUUUCUUCAUAACUGUAUACAGGCCUAGAGUUUACUAAACGCACCAGUACACUCGUGUUGGCUGCAGUACGCUCCCGGACAGUAGGGGGCAGUACGCACCGCAGGUUUCUUCUGGUUUGCAACCUUCUAACAGCGCGAAGAGGACUUUGUUAAUAUUGACAAGUGAAGAGAGCAUGAGAAGCUUUGAUCAAAUUCUGGCAGGAGCGAACUGAGGAGUAUUUACAUUAUGGAGGCUGUAGUUGACGUCCUAAAUGUGUUCAACAUCAAGGCCAGUGGGUUUUCUGUGACACUCAGCCUCUUUCUCGUCUUCCUGGGUCUUCUCUACUGGUAUUCAAUUUACCCCUAUUCGGUCCUCUCUCGAUGUGGAAUCAAACAUCCAAAGCCAGUGCCUUUCUGGGGCAACAUUUUCAUGUUUCGGCAGGGUUUUUUCAACCCUAUCAAUGAUCUCAUAAAGACACAUGGCAGAGUUUGUGGGUAUUAUUUGGGCCGGAAACCGGUGGUGGUGAUAGCGGACCCUGACAUGCUCAGACAGGUGAUGGUCCGGGACUUCAGCAGCUUCAGCAACAGGAUGACUCUUCGCUUCGCCACCAAGCCCAUGACUGACUGUCUGCUUAUGCUGAGGAAUGAACGCUGGAAGAGAGUGCGGAGCAUCCUGACCCCAUCAUUCAGUGCUGCCAAGAUGAAAGAGAUGGUUCCUCUUAUCAACACAGCCACCGAUGCCCUGAUAAGAAAUUUUGAUGUCUCCGCUGAGUCAGGAGAGGCCUUUGACAUCCACAGGUGUUUUGGCUGCUACACCAUGGACGUUAUUGCCAGCGUGGCAUUUGGAACUCAGGUGGACUCUCAGAACAACCCAGAUGACCCGUUUGUCCGCCAUGCACAGAUGUUCUUCUCCUUUUCUUUCUUCAGGCCCAUCAUGCUUUUUUUCAUUGCUUUCCCAUUCAUCACGGCUCCUCUGGCGGGACUCAUCCCCAACAAAAGACGAGACCAGAUGAAUAAUUUCUUCAUCAACAUCAUUCAGAGGAUCAUCAAGCAGAGAGAGGAGCAGCCUGCUGAACAGCGGCGUAGAGACUUCCUUCAGCUGAUGUUGGAUGCACGAACCAGCAAGGAGUGCGUGUCUUUGGAACACUUUGACACAGCGAAUCAUGCCGCUGAGCAGCUAGAUCGGCUGGAUCACAGGAACCAGCAGACACAACCGUCGGCCUCUGAUCAGGACCCACAGGAGCCCUCCUCCAGGCGUCCACAGAAAAAGAUGAUAACUGAGGAUGAGAUCGUGGGUCAGGCUUUCGUCUUUCUUCUGGCGGGCUACGAAACCAGCAGCAACACGUUGGGCUUUACCUGCUACCUACUGGCCAUCCACCCUGAAUGUCAAUGCAAAGUGCAGCAAGAAGUGGAUGAUUUCUUCACCAGACACGAGUCACUAGAUUACACAAAUGUCCAGGAGCUGAAGUACUUAGACAUGGUUAUAAGCGAAGCAUUGCGCCUCUACCCUCCUGGAUUCAGGUUUGCGAGAGACAUCGACGAGGACUGUGUGUUGAACGGACAAGUCCUCCCUAAAGGAGCCACGCUGGAGAUCCCAGCAGGCUUCCUCCACUACGACCCGGAGCAUUGGCCAGAGCCUGAGAGGUUCAUCCCUGAGCGAUUCACAGCAGAGGCCAAGGCCAGUCGACAUCCAUUUGUAUACCUGCCGUUCGGGGCCGGACCCCGUAACUGUGUGGGAAUGAGGCUCGCUCAACUGGAAAUCAAAAUGGCUCUAGUUCGUCUGUUCCGCAGGUUCAGCAUUGUGGCCUGCUCUGAAACCAAGGUUCCUCUUGAGCUGAAGUCGUCAAGCACUCUAGGACCUAAAAACGGCAUAUUUGUGAAAAUUCAAAGUAGAGACCUGGGAGAGGAUCAAGUGAAUUCUCCGCCAGACAAUUAGAAACUGACCGUUCAUCAUCAUAGAUGGUAAAAAAAAUCCUAUGAACAGUUACGAAGCAUUCUGCAGGUCCAUGUUGAGACAGUGACACACUGUCAGUGUUAAGGGUCUGCUCCUUUAAAAAGUAUAUCAUAGGUACGAGAUUAAGUAAAUAACAAUAUACCUCAAUUUAAGUGCUCUUCUUGUGCUUUUAUUUUGUCGAGCUGGAGAGUGGACGGAUGAUGAGACGUGAGUAAAGAGAGAAGAGCGAAUAAAGGAUUAGAAGUGUACAUGUAGCAGUAUAGAUUUGUUUAAUAGAUAGAUUUUGAACAUGUCUGUCAUAAAAAGGUCAUUUAGGGAAAGCAUUUUUUCAUCAACCAUUAAUCUGAAGGAUGGUUUUAGUUUUAUGUAGCAUGCACUGUAAAUCAAAUCCGUCACCUGAAACUGAAAGUUUGCACAUUCCAUCAUCAGAUGGCAGUCUGUUGUUUACUGUGCUGCUCUCUUUACUACGGCUUCCUCCCAUGAAUGAUGGUUAAUUAACUAUACUAUUAACCACCAUGCAAUCACAGAUUUCCAAGGUUGAUAUAGACGGAGGUACAUUUUUUGGCAAGUGUUACUGAUUAUAUUUGAAUAGAUUGUUUCAUGAUGCCCAACACAUUGCUGUCAUGUGUCUGCGUCUUUUAAACUCCUCAAAUUAAAGCUGCUAUUUCAGAUUGAAAGUGGUGGUUUGGGACAGG